GCAGCAUGGCAGCAGGAUGCUCGCUCCGCGGACUCUCUCGCUGCUUCUCUCUGCCUCUCUGCUGGGUUUUUCGGGCCUGACCCUCCCGGCCGAGCCCCCUCCUCAUCCCCACCACCCGCCUCCUCAGCCGGGCCUCAACGGCAGCGAUGGCGCCCUGUCUGCGGAUCUGCCCGUGGCCUUGAGGGUGUUCAGCGUGGACUACCACCAUGUGCAGGCUCCCUUCGAGAUCGUGCUGUGGAUCAUGCUGGCUUCACUGGCCAAAUUAGGCUUCCACUGGUCGGGCCGCGUCCCUGCAGUGGUGCCAGAGAGCUGCCUGCUCAUCAUGGUGGGCCUGCUGGUGGGAGGCGUCAUCUACGGCGUCAGACACUCCGCCCCCCCGACGCUCAGCGCCGAGGCCUUCUUCCUCUUCCUGCUCCCGCCCAUCGUCCUGGAUGCGGGGUACUUCCUGCCGGGGCGGCUGUUCUUUGAAAACCUUGGUACCAUCCUCUGGUACGCUGUGCUCGGGACCCUGUGGAACGUGCUGGGCAUCGGCCUGUCUCUGCACGGCGUGUGCCUGCUGGCCUCCGCCUCCCUGGGGGACGUCUCCCUGCUGCACUGCCUGCUCUUCGGCUCGCUCAUCGCCGCCGUGGACCCGGUGGCCGUGCUCUCCGUGUUCCAGGAGGUGCGCGUCAACGAGCAGCUGCACAUCCUGGUGUUCGGGGAGUCGCUGCUCAACGACGCGGUGACCGUGGUGCUCUACAAGCUGUUUGAGUCCUUCCUGCGCCUGCCGUCGGUGUCGGGGCUGGACGUGCUGCUGGGGGGGUGCCGGGUGCUGGCUGUGGGCCUCGGCGGCCUGUGCGUGGGCCUGUUCUUCGGCCUGGUGGCGGCGCUCACCUCGCGCUUCACCUCCAGGGCCCCGGUCAUCGCCCCGCUCUUCGUCUUCCUCUACUCCUACCUGUCGUACCUGACCUCAGAGAUGCUCCACCUCUCUGGCAUCACGGCCAUCGUGACCUGCGCCGUCACCAUGAAACAGUAUGUGGAGGCCAACGUGUCCGAGCACAGCAACAUUAGCAUCCAGUACUUCCUGAAGAUGUGGAGCAGCGUGAGUGAAACGCUCAUCUUCAUCUUCCUGGGCGUGUCCACCAUACAGGACAUCCACAUGUGGAGCUGGCCCUUCGUCUUCUCCACGCUGCUGCUCUGUCUCGUCUGGAGAGCCUCAGGCGUUCUGCUUCUGACCGCGGUGGUGAACAAGCUCCGGAGGAACGCCGUGACCUUCAGGGACCAGUUCAUCAUCGCUUACGGCGGCCUGAGAGGAGCCAUCUGCUUCUCUCUGGUCUUCCUCAUCGACGAUUUCCCAAAGAAAAGGCUCUUCAUAACAACAACUAUUGUAGUGAUUCUCUUCACUGUUUUUGUUCAGGGGAUGACCAUAAAACCGCUGGUGGAGCUGCUGGAUGUGAAGAGGAAGAAGAGAGCUCUGCCCACUGUCAGUGAGGAGAUUCACAGCCGGCUCAUAGAUCACCUGCUGGCAGGCAUAGAAGAUGUGGUUGGUUAUUGGGGACAACACUACUGGAAAGACAAGUUUGAGCAGUUCAACAGGAAGUACCUGCGUCGCUUCCUGAUCCGCGAGGACCACCAGGCUCCCUCCAGCAUCCUCAGAGUCUACCAGGAACUGGAGAGACGCGAGCAGAGAGGAGACGAGGAGGCGCCACCAGUGGACCCUCGCCGCCACGGCCGCCCCCUCUUGCCGGAGGAGAUGGACAGCAUCAGGCGCAUCCUCUCCAGAAACCUGCAGCGUUUUAGCAACAAGGUCGGUGGACGUGGCUCCUCAGGAACCAACGCUUUAUGUCACACACUGAGUGUAACCGCUGGCGUCCGUGGUGCCACUGCAGCAGACGCCGGCCUACAGCAGACACGCCUUGCACCAGGACGCCGCUGUGGAGCGGCCCAGGAGGCCCCUUCACUCACACCAGAGCUUAGGGGAACCAUGCACACAUCACACUGUCACGCACCGGCCACAGCAGGCGGAGGACAGAGAGUUCAGUGGAGCCCACAGAGUGAGGGCCGGACUCAGCAGGUCUCACACAGUGUGCUCCAUAAGCCCGACGCUCUCACCGGGGGACCCGUCAGCCUCGGCUCAGGGUGUGAGAGUGGACCCAGAACCUCCAGAGGCCCACACAUCCUCACGACACCAAGCGCCGGAGGACAGAACCGCUAAGAAGCAACUUAGCUUCAUUUUGCAGAAUGAGCAGCAGCAAUGAGAACACAGUGUGGAAAAAGAGCUCAAAUGUGUGUGUGUUGAGUCAUUUGAAUUGGCCUCAUGAUAAGAUAAGUCCCUCACAUCCUUUUUUGCUGUAGAGUUUUGGGGUUGUGAGACUAAGACGAUAAAAGGUUUUAGUAAUUUCAUGCACAUCAUCCAAUUAGAAUUGUUAAAAUGGAUUAAAUAAUUAGCCUCCUGGUUUUUAUCAUUCUGAGUGUAUGGCAAUUACAAUAAAGCUCUCAGCUCCGUGUUUCACCUCCUCAACUGCUCUGGUGGACGUUUGAGGGUCAUUUGCAUCACUAGUCUAAUUCAA